CAGAAAGGCCCCUGUCAGGUUUCUAUUUCUACAAAGCAAAGCAAAGAUGGGGAUCCUUCAAAACCUGCUGUUCACCAUCUGCAUCACUCUGAGGUGUGUGACCAGUGCGGUAGGGCUGAUCCAUGUGACUGGGUAUGUGGGGAGAGAGGUUAAUGUUUCCUGCUCUUAUGAUGAAGGUUAUGAGCCUUAUAAGAAGUAUCUGUGUAAGAACGACUGUGGCAGCAACAAUGAUGUUCUUAUUACAACAUCAAAUCCAGUGAAAAACAAAUACAGGAUCCAUGAUGACAAAACAGCACGAAUCUUCACAACGACCAUCUCUGAUCUUCAUUCUGUGGAUGCUGGGAAAUACUGGUGUGGAGUGACCAGAUUUGGAAAAGAUAUCUACACUGAAGUAAAGGUGAAGUUAGUGCAAGACAGCUGCUGUGACACUGUGACCAAAAUUGAAAGUCAUGAGGGAUACUCUGAGUCCAUCGUUUGUCCAUACGAGUCUCGGAACCAGAGCAACCUGAAGUACAUCUGCAGAGGAAAUCGGCCCUCCACAUGUCUGCAGCAGGCACUAAUCACCUCUGAUAACAGAGAAAAUGGACGAUACAGACUUGAUGAUGACAAAGUGUUAGGAACAUUCACAGUAAACAUUAGCAGUUUGACUCAAAACGAUUCAGGGUCAUACCUCUGUGGUGUCCAAAGAAACUCUGAGCUGGAUGUUUUCUCUGCUGUUGAGCUGAAAGUCAAAGAGUGGUGCUGCGUCAAGUCAACUAAAGUAACAGGUACUGCAGGGCAUCCAUUAACUCUACAGUGCCCUUAUCCUUCACAAAAUCAGAAUAACAGGAAGUUCCUCUGUAAAGGAGACCACCGCAACAGCUGCAGAGACAUGGUGAUGAGUGAAAGCAGACUUGCACUACGAGAGGAUAUUUAUUCCAGCUCUUUCUCAGUGACGUUCACAAAGAUACAAGCGGAUGAUGCUGGGAUAUACUGGUGUGGGUCAGACUCACAGUGGAGAGUCGGAAACCAUGUUAAGAUUCAGCUGUCAGUUGUGUCUCCACGGCACACCAGCACUGUACCUUCCACAAUGGAAAUUCCAGGAAAAACUACAACACACAAAAAAACUACAACUCAAAAUAGACCUAAUAAAGAUGCAGGACAGUAUGUGGUUUAUGCUGUGCCCGCUGUGCUGCUGCUACUGAUAUGUGCCCUCGUGGUUACAGUUUAUCAAUGCAAACAUCAGAAAGUAAAAGACGGUAAAGCUGUCAUGAACAGAAAUGCAGAGAACGAAGAAGGUUUAGAGGAAGUGACGGCUGGCACAGAAAAUAACAUCUAUGGAAAUGAAGAAGUUGUGAGGUACAAACAACAGAGUGCCUGUUACAACUAUGACGAUGCAGGUGAAGAUGAACCAGACUAUGAAAACUUCACAACAUCUGAAGAAGUUUACUGUAAUGAAAAUUUCCACAGAAGAUAAACAGAACAUGCAUUUCAGGUCAAAAUAUGGGUUUCACCUAUAUAGAUUUUAACUUGUUUGAUUUCUCUUUAACAGUUAAACAACAAAUUUUAAUGUACAGCCUUCUCUUUGUCACACUGAAAACUUUGUUUUGGUUUCUGUUUAGCCAUGAGAGAUAGCUGCUCUUUAUGCAUGUGUAGCUUGACUUGUUUUUAUAGUUUAAUUUUUAUUGUUUAGUGUUUUUUCUGAAGUUGUGGAAAAACUCAAACUAAAUUUCUAACAUGAGAGCAAAGUAAAUAAAUAAACAAGCAAAAUGAAAUCUAAUGUUGUUUCAUAUAGUAAUAAGUUCAACAAUAUGUUUAACUGUUUCUGCCUUAUUUGAGCUGCGACAUUGUUACAUUCUGGUCAAUCAAAGUAUUUGGAUUGAAAUAGAGCAGUGAAACGUAAAAGGUUACAGUUUGCAGUUUUCAUUUUAUGAUGCUUUUUUCUGUUUGUUGCAAAUGGAGCUGGAUAGUGGAUACGAUUUUACAGAAAAAAAACCAAACAAUCAGUGUGCAAUUCCUCAUAAGAUGUCAUAUAAACAUCCAAUGUGUUCAAAA